AUGUCUGGGUCCAUGAGCGUGCAUUCCCUCAUUGACAAGUUCUCUGAGGAGGACUCCAAGACAGGGUCGCUGGGGCAGAGGCCGCAAAGGCGACUGCUCUCACUGCCAGCUACCGGCACCCACUCGAGGAGCAGAUCAGCGUCUCCGCUGAAGGCCGCUGCUGAAUCAUCAUCAUCAGCAUCGCAUCAUCAACAUCAUCGCACUGGCUCCACAAGCCAUUCCACGCCUUACCUUCAUGCAGCAUCAAAUCCACAGCAUUAUAGAGCAUCUCCUGCCAACAUCCCUGGAGCUCAACCGGCUCCCGUGGCUGAACCACAUCUCCAGCAUCCCUUCCAGCAUACACCUCGUAGACUGCAGCAGCCUGCGUUAUUUCCUCCGGGAGACCCGCUGGCAGUUCCCCAAGCGGUUGGCCAGCCCUUCAGAGCUCCAUUGCAGCCCCAGCUGCUCGAGCUGAUCUUGGGACCCCAGUUUGCUUCGGUCCCUUUCACAGAUGCCAGCCUUGUGGAAGCGCUCAAGCUCCGCACAGAGCAAGAACGGACACGCCAGGAGCUGCUUCGACUCGAACUAGCGCUGCGCAACUUGGCCAUCAUCCAGUCAGCGGUACAAAAUGACGUUCCUCCUCACAUGAUAGCAUCGAUGUGCGUGGGUCCCAUCCCAGAAGCCUACAUUCAGCAACAAUUACAGCAGACUCAGCAAGCACGCGCCCAACAGCACCAACAGUAUCAAUUUCCACCACGAUCAGAAAAACCUCGAGGUAGCUCUGCUGAUAUCAGCAAGUCACCUUUCGUGGCUCCGGACCAGCCAGUGCAACCGGGCUCAUCUGCCCAAGGUGCCCUGCCCCGUGUUCGCGGUCAAGAUCUUGACAAUGCUAGUUUGGUGGCACCACUGAAUUUCAAGUUUGGGGCUGGCUCCUCUGCUGGCAGAAGACCAUUGUCGCCAGCUAAGAUAGGUGCUGCCGCAGUUGCAAAUUUGUCAAAUCCUAUGACUCCCUAUAGACCAGCGCAGAAAACCAUUUCGGCCCACCAAAGACAUUUCUCGAUGCCAGCAGAAACUGUACUGGCUAAAGGCAUAGAAAAAUCAUCGAUGGAGCGCUCGGGACCGAGGACGAGACUGCUGACACAUCUGAGCAAACUGAGCCAUCUUCAAUCCCCAUUGGGUGCAACAUCAUCAAUUCAAGUUCGCCCUUUACCUGCCCAACCCUUACAUAAACAAGCACGAACGACACAAGCUCCGUCUCAGGAGUCAAUGACCUCAUUUCAACACGUUAUACAAUUUCAUCAUUGGAAACCAGAGUACCCUGGCGGGCAACCCCCACAACAGCAGAGUGAGAGAGAUCGUCUCUCGCAACCCUCACAUAAGCGUCACAAAUCUAGUGACAUGUCGGUAGACCUAACUAAUCAGCGAGAGGGAACUCCUCAACGAGUCGCACCAAAUCCCAGUUUGGAGAUGAAGCAUGAGGAUGCUGAUGUCUCCAUGGACGCAGGCGACGAAACCAUUACUGAGGCGCCAAAAAGACGUGAUAAUGACACUAAUAGCGAUACAUCGCAGUCCCUGGGAAGAUUCCCUCAUGACAUCUUACUGUCGAACUAG